AUGGAACUUCAAAGAGGAGAGAUGGCUAUUCCUAUCAACAGCAGAUAUGGUGGAGGCCAUGGGCAUGGGCACAUGAUUCAUCAUGAGUCUGCACCACACAAUCACAUUGUCCCAUCUUCAGCAGCAGCAGUACAGCAACAACCCCAACAAAUACCAAUCACCAAUGGGCCCACAAUAAUAGUACCACCACCCUCCUCUUCAUCAAUGGAGGAGACUGUGAUACCUAACAGCAACAAUAGCCACAGGAUGGUGGUGGUGAGAUACAGAGAAUGCCUCAAGAACCAUGCAGCUUCCAUGGGAGGUAGUGCAACAGAUGGGUGUGGUGAGUUCAUGCCUUCUGGGGAAGAGGGCACCCUUGAAGCCCUCACCUGCUCAGCCUGCAACUGCCACAGAAACUUCCACAGAAAAGAGAUUGAAGGUGAAGCCCACCAACUCUCCUAUGACUACAAUUACCACUCUGCCCCUCCACAUCUUAACAGAUCAAUUGGGCAUGGAAAUGGUAGAAAGGUCAUUUUUCAGGGUCAUCACCACAGAGGUAUCCUUGGAACAGAAUCUUUUGGGUACAAUCACAAUAAUGCUGGGAUGCUUGUACCUUCAAGAGCACCACCACGGAUGAUCAUGUCCUAUAAUAUGGGCAUCGAGUCUUUGCCAUCUGAAUCUGAUGAACAGGAAGAUGGUGGUGGUGGUGGUGGUGGUGGUGGUGGUGGUGGUGGUGGUGGUGGUGAUGAUGGCGGUGGAUUUAUGAGCAGGCAUCCACAACCACAUCAGAUGGUGAUGAAGAAGAGGUUCAGAACAAAGUUCACACAAGAACAGAAGGAUAAGAUGCUUAGUUUUGCAGAGAAAGUUGGGUGGAAAUUCCAAAAGCAACAGGAAUCUGUGGUGCAACAGUUUUGUCAAGAACUAGGGAUCAAAAGGAGAGUACUCAAAGUCUGGAUGCACAACAAUAAGCACAGCUUAGCCAAGAAGAUCAACCCUAUCCCCACUGAUCCCCAAAACCAGAUCAAUAAUAAUUAG